AUGACUACUCUUCAGAUUGAUCAUAUUCGUGCUAAAUUUCAUAUUGAUGAUUACAACCAAAAGGCUCCUGAUGUUGCCAGACAAUUUGAACGAAUUCAUGAUGAAGUAAAUCCUAAUGUUGUAAUGACGUUUGGAGGUGAUGGGACAUUUUUGAAAGCGUUUCAUGAAAAUUAUCAUUUACAGUUACCAUACCUUGGUAUUAAUUGUGGAAAUGUUGGUUAUUUAAUCAAUCCUAUACAAGAAGUAAUGGAUUCAAUUGAACAAAAUAAACCACUUAAAUGUUAUUCAUAUCCUUGUCUUAAAGUUGAUGCUUCAAAUGGAAGUACUCAAUUGUCCACUCAGCUUGCAUUUAAUGAUGCUUGGAUUGAACGUUUAAAUGGUCAAUGUUGUUGGUUUGAAGUUAUUAUUAAUGGAGUUGUACGAAUACCUAAGUUAUGUUGUGAUGGAAUUGUUGUAUGUACACCAGCAGGAAGUACCGGAUAUUCUAAGUCUAUUGGAGUAAUGCCAAUUCCACCAAAUGCUAAUAUGAUUGGAUUUGUUCCAAAUAAUGCAAGUUAUCCUCUUGGAAUAAGACCAUUAUACUUACCAUUAGAUACAGAAGUUAUUGUUAAGAAUAUUCAACCAAAUAGAAGGAAAACUCGUGGAUUUUAUGAUGGAGUAGAAUUAAAUGAAAUUACUGAAUUAAAAAUAAAAGCCAUUGAAAAUGGAUGCAGAGUAAUUUAUGCUCAUGAAGAAAAUUUAAAUAAAACAUAUAUCAAUAAAGUAACUAAGGAUUUCUUUGAAUAAAUAAAAUAGUGAUUUUUUAUGUAUUUAUUUUAAGUAAAUAAAUUUGGCUUUAUUAAACAAAAAUAUCUCAAUGACUUGAAGUUUACCUUCUAUCUUCGUUUGAUUAACCAAAGAUAUUUCAAAUUUAGUAACAAUUAAUACAUACUAAAAAUAAUAUAAAACCACUUUUUUACUUAUAAAUAUUCAUAAUCUAUCUUCAUGCUUAUAAACUUAUUUUCAAAUAAUAUUUAGAUAUGUUUUUUAAUAAUAUCAGUAGUAAAUGAAUAAUAUUAUUAAUUAAUUUACUAUAUACUUCACCCAUUCAUUAUUUGUAUAAUGAUAAUAACACCUUUUAAAAUAACCUUUAAUACGUCUUCAAAAAAAAAUUUCUAAAUUCUUUUAAGAAAG